UAAAACGGAUGGGAAAGCUUCGUCGUAGAGUCCGCGAACGAACCGAUUGACGCAACGCGCGGCCGUCGUUGCGAGUUGCGAUUCGGCGGAAAUAGUCGGUGCGUCAUAGUGUUUGGUGUUUACGUCGCGUAAUAAUCGCGCAUCCGACGACAGUCCAAUCGCAAUGGAAAGAAGCGGACGGCGGCGGUCGAUGUAAAUUUAGCGUGUCGAAGUCGCAGAUUUCACGGGACGCAACUGUCAUCCGUUGAAGCGUGUCCGUCUCCCACCACGUUGCCCGUCGUAGUGUCGCGUUCGCGCUCACCGAUUAUGCAAUUGAGCUAGAAUGGCAGGUGUUGUAUAUGUGAUAGGACUGCUGUUGUUAGGAGGAGCAGCAGCUUGGACCGUUGAUAUUGAACAUGAUAUAACUGUACAUAUGAAUCAAGUAAUAUCAAUCCCAUUCAGUGUACAUAAUAAUAAUAUGUCUAGCCUACAUGUAUGGUAUUUUAAUACCGAUGAUCAACAUAUCGCAAAACUAAGUUAUCAAUCUACAAAGUCAAACAAAACUUCUUUCAGUGGUAUUUUUAAUAUCACUGGCGUAUUCCUUGGUACGACGACAUUAACGUUUACUAUGACAGAAAUGGCGAUUAAAGAGGAUCAAGAAGUAGCUGUUAUUACCGUAAUACGAGAGGAACGCAUAAUAGAUUCUAUAUUUACUGCCAGUGUAGCAAUACUUGUAUCCAUUUUAUAUAUCAAUUUUGGCUGCGCUAUAGAUUGGAACGUAUGUCGCAAUACAUUAAGAAGGCCAAUAGGUCCAGCCAUAGGUUUCUUCUGCCAGUUUCUGAUCAUGCCAUUGUUAAGUUUUCUCAUUGGAUAUCUUUUAUUUCCUGAUCGUCCUGAACUGCAAAUAGGCAUGUUCUUCACAGGAAUAAGUCCAAGUGGAGGCGCUUCUAAUAUGUGGACACUGUUACUUGAUGGCAAUCUGAAUCUUUCAAUCACAAUGACCACUAUAUGUACCAUUGCUGCAUUUGGAAUGAUGCCAUUUUGGGUCUUCACAUUGGGUAGAUAUAUUUUCGCACAAGGAAAAAUCGCAGUUCCCUACGAGCAUAUCGGAACUUUCGUAAUUGGUCUUAUAAUUCCACUGGCCAUAGGAUUUUUGAUUCAAAAAAAGUUUCCAAGAGUGUCGAAGAUAUUGGUCCGAGUAAUGAAACCUUUCUCUGUGAUUUUAAUUAUAUUCAUCGUUAUAUUUGCUGUCAUGACUAAUCUAUAUAUAUUUAAACUGUUUACGUGGAAGAUCAUAAUCGCAGGAAUGGGUUUACCUUGGUUAGGCUUUACAUUUGGUUUUAUAAUAGCGUAUAUUUGCAAGCAAUCUCAAGCUGAUAUACGGGCGAUUGCAAUUGAAACUGGUAUUCAGAAUACAGGCGUGGCGAUCUUUUUAUUACGAUUUACAUUGAAGCCACCCGCUGACGACCUAACUACUGUGGUUCCUGUAUCUGCUGCAAUGAUGACACCGGUACCAUUAACAAUUUUAUUUAUAAUAAAAUUGAUUUAUAAAUAUAAGCAAAAAAAAGCAACAAAAGUGACGCUACAGUCUACCCCGUCGUUAGAAAAGCUCCAACAAGCUACAGAUAUUUCUACGCAAUAAAUUUAGAUUAUUUGAUCGUGUAGAAUAAAUUCCUUGUAUAUGCAUUAAUAACGUAUAAGAAAGAACUAUAUUUUUUAUAUAUUUCAU